AUGGCGUUGUUAUUUGCAAAGCAGCCCUAUAAGAAAAGUUUUCUCCUUGUGUUUGGUUGCUUGAUUUUGUCCGUGUUUUCCACUAUUCCUGAACACACAAAACUUGCCUCUGGUUGUCUCUUCAUUUUGGAAUUUGUCAUGAUUGUUGUCUUUGGUUUGGAAUUUAUUAUUCGUAUCUGGUCUGCUGGAUGCUGUUGUCGAUACCGAGGAUGGCAAGGAAGACUGCGCUUUGCAAGGAAACCGUUCUGUGUAAUAGACAUCAUUGUUCUCAUCGCUUCAAUAGCAGUUGUUUCUGCAAAAACUCAGGGUAACAUUUUUGCAACAUCAGCACUGAGAAGUCUUCGUUUCCUACAGAUCCUUCGUAUGGUGCGCAUGGACCGAAGAGGAGGCACUUGGAAAUUAUUAGGUUCAGUAGUUUAUGCACAUAGCAAGGAAUUAAUCACGGCCUGGUACAUAGGAUUUUUAGUACUCAUCUUUUCAUCUUUCCUGGUUUAUCUGGUGGAAAAAGAUGCAAAUAAUCAGUUCUCCACAUAUGCAGAUGCUCUCUGGUGGGGCACAAUCACAUUGACAACCAUUGGCUAUGGAGACAAAACCCCUCUUACUUGGCUUGGAAGGUUGCUUUCUGCAGGAUUUGCUCUACUUGGCAUUUCUUUCUUUGCACUACCUGCUGGCAUCCUUGGCUCAGGAUUUGCAUUAAAAGUGCAGGAACAGCAUCGCCAGAAACACUUUGAGAAAAGAAGGAAUCCAGCUGCCAGUCUAAUUCAGGUAAAUAUGAAACCAGCUUCUUGGCGGUUUUAUUCUACCGACACCAGCCGAACAAACCUGACUGCCACCUGGCGAUAUUAUGAAAGUAUUCUUCCUCCCCUCAGUCAAAAGUUAAGUUUCAAGGAGCGGGUCCGGAUGGCCAGCCCACGAGGUCAGAGCAUAAAGAACAGGCAGUCAUCAGUCGGAGAUCGCCGGUCCCCGAGUGCCGACGUUGCCACUGAUGGCAGCCCCACCAAGGUCCAGAAGAGCUGGAGUUUCAAUGACCGCACCCGCUUCAGGCCGUCGCUGCGGCUGAAGAGCUCCCAGCCCAAACCUGUGGUUGAUGCUGACACCAGUCUUGGAACAGAUGAUGUUUAUGAUGAUAAAGGGUGCCAGUGUGAUGUGUCAGUAGAAGAUCUCACUCCUGCUCUUAAAACUGUCAUCAGAGCAAUCAGAAUUAUGAAAUUUCAUGUUGCAAAGAGAAAGUUUAAGGAAACACUUCGUCCAUAUGAUGUCAAAGAUGUCAUUGAACAGUAUUCAGCGGGUCAUCUAGACAUGUUGUGCAGGAUCAAGAGUCUUCAGUCACGUGUUGACCAAAUUCUUGGGAAAGGACAAAUCACUGCAGAUAAAAGAAGUAGAGAAAAGAAUACAGCAGAGAAUGAGACAACUGAUGACCUCAGUAUGUUAGGGCGUGUAGUCAAGGUGGAGAAACAGGUACAAUCCAUUGAGUCAAAACUGGACUGCCUGUUAGAUAUUUAUCAACAAGUUUUACGAAAAGGAUCUGCAUCAGCACUCACUUUGGCUUCAUUUCAGAUGCCACCUUUCGAAUGUGAGCAGACUUCUGAUUAUCAAAGUCCAUCCGAUAGCAAAGAUUUGUCUAACUCUGCACAAAUUAGUGGAUGUGUAUCCAGAUCAGCUAGUGCCAAUCUGCCUCGUGGCCUACAGCUAAUACUGACACCAAAUGAAUUUAGCACUCAGGCUUACUAUGCUAUUAGUCCAGCUAUGCAUAGUCAAGCAACGCAAGUGCCAAACGAUGGACACGCAACAGUUAACAACACAUCAAACCAAAUAAACCAGGCAACUAAGCCAGCAACUCCAACAACGCUGCAAAUACCACCUUUCUCAUCAGUGAAGCAUAUCAGUAGGCCUGAGCCCGUUCAUAUUAUUCCUGUAACCACACAGGAAAAUAUUUCUGAUGUCACCGCUUGCCUUGUUGCAUCAAAGGAUAACGGACAAGUCGCUCAGCCCAGCGCAACCAAGGAUCUCACAUGGAGAAAAGGACUGGAUACAGAAGGGGAACCUUUGCUCUCAGUUAAACCUGUGGUGCAAAUGGAUUUAGGAAAAUCUUUAUCUAUACAAAACCUUAUACAAUCAACAGAAGAACUGAAUGUACAGAUUACUGGCAGUGACUCCAGUGGUUCAAGAGGUAGCCAAGAUGUAUACUCCAAAUGGAGGGAGUCAAAAUUAUUUAUAACUGAUGAAGAGUUGGAGACAGAGGCAGGAACAGAGACUACUGAAGCCAUCUCUCGCCCACUAGUGGAAACAACUCUCUCCACUGACUCUCUAAGGACUGGAAUAUCAAGAUCAUCUCAAAGCAUUUGCAAGCCAGGGGACGGUACAGAAGCACUCAGUCUGCUCCAUGUCAAACUUAAAUAACAGCUUGUAGGCUUUCUUCAUUGGCUGAGUCAUUCCUCUAGUCAUACAUAUCAUAGCAUGAACUAUUUUGAAAGCCUUUUUAAUGAGAUAAAAUCACAAAAACAGGAUGAAUCUGAAAAGCAGUUGAAUGAGCCCAUAUCUUCUAGUUGCAUGAAAAUGCAUGUUCAAGUGAUGGCUAAAAUUCAGAUUUAUACCUACAGUAUGGCAGCCUUUCGUGUAGUACAGUAGGUUUAAAUAAUGAAUUGCCUACAAAGCUAAUGCUGCAGGAUGUAUCAAAAAGCAAAAAUUUGAGCAUUUAGACCUAGUGCCGUUUCCACAGGGCGAAAGUAAAAAUUGUAAGAUUUAAAGCACUUUGCUUCUGAACUAAUUAAAUAUAUAUAUAUAUAUGUCCUGAUUUAGAUGAUAGUUUAUGUUUACAACAAAGAAUUAUCUACAGCUGCUAGCAAGGUACCAAGGAAAUCAGAUAUACGGGAUUAGAAAUAGCUGCCAGUUGCAAGAUACACACAUUAGCUCAUCAGUAAUCAAUUAUUUUUAACUCUGAAAAGCAGUAUGUUAAUAUAUCCAUCUGAUUUUUGAUGAUUUAGUGUUGUGGCAAAGUACCUGACACACCACUACUAUCACAUUGUUCUUUGCAAUGAGAAUGUUUUAUUGUUAUGAAAGGUUUGUAUUCUAAGCGUCAGGGCUGGCCUCAGAAAUGGAUAAUUUGAGUGACUGCACUAUGAAUGCAAGGGAAUCUCUCCUUUUUCCAGACUCACUGGGGAACCGUCUUGUGCAUCUGAAACAUUUUGGCAGCGGUAUGUGAGGCAAAGAUGCAGGCACUGCCUUCUUUGUAGAAGCAGUAUUUCAUUCAUUUGAAAAUCUGACUGUCUUCAUUGCGGUCACAACCUGAUGCCAUGACAGUAGUUUGUGAGGCUGGAGAGUGAGGAAAAAAGAGGGACUGAAAUACAGAGUGAAACUAAAGAUGACAAAACAGGGAAGAGGGAAAGACAACACAAUCGAUGAAGAAAAAGGAAUAAAGAUUGAGAUGGGCAGGAAGGGAAAUGAUCCCAGAAAAUAAAAGAAGGAAGGUAAAGAGAGAAAAAUAUAUAUUUUUUAAAUUCCAGCCUGUUAGUCACAGAUAGUGAGUGCUAUUUCCAAAAAAGCCAUUGGAGGCAACCAGAAAUGGAAAUGGAAGUAGGAAGACAACCUUAACUGAAAAAAAUUGAAGGCAGUUGUUUUGCUUGGGUUUU